GGGCAAGAGCAAAGAUAGAGGCGACCAAGUGUCCUGAAAUGGAGGCAGAGGCGACCAAGUGUCUUGGAGCAGAGGCAGAGGUGACCAAGUGUUCUGGAGCAGAGGCAGAGGCAACCAAAUGUCUAGGAAUGGGAAUGACCAAAAAAUUAGACUUUGGGUUUUCAAAUUUUAUCUCAACAAAG